GAAAAAAGUUAGGGGCAUUUGCCCGACGGGGGGGGGGCAGCUAGGCUCGGAGGGAGGGGCGGUCUACGUAGGGUUUUUUUUAGUUACGGGUUGAAUUCUCCUUUAAAGGAGAAUUCAACCCUACCAGGCCCGGACUGGCAAUGUAACUUUUCGGGCAAAUGCCCGAGGGGCCGCACUAUGUUUUGUUUAAUUGGGCCGCGGCAACACUAAUUUAAAACUUACUUUUCACCGCAUCCGGCGGGCUCUAGGACCCCGCUCCUCAGUCCUAGCUCCAACUGUGGCCCCGCCCCUCCCACUCGUCUCUGCUGCUGUAGCUGCCGUGCAAAGUGGUGUGGAAGCCGAAUGUACAAGGCCUCUCAGUCUCCUGUCUCCCGCAUCAGCUCAGUAAUUAUGGCUUCAAGUGGUAACAAGUUAAGGAAGCAUAGGUGGUCAAGUCCACCAGAAAUGUCCCCUAACAAAUAUCUUAAGCGCAGUGAGAGUGAUCCACCUAGAAGGGUCAGUUACACCACAAAUGAAGAGUCAGAAAGACCUCCCUGGGUGAUGGAACGACACGUAACUAUAAGUCCACGCGGUGCUGCUCCACCUGAGAGCCCUGGAUCGCGGCGUGAGGAUUCUGAUGAGCAUUCUGCACUGGCCAAAGGCAGAGGCAGGCCCAGUAUAAAAACUAGUGGCACUCAGAGUAACCAUAAUGCUGAUCAGGGUGCUGAAAACACCAGACGUUCCCCAAAGGACAUCUCUAGCUGUAGGACACCCAGAGCUCAGGCUCCCACUAUGCUGUUCAUGAGAGCAUUCCAAGAUAUCAUAAAGAAUCCUAAAGGAACACAGUCACUGACCAGCACCCCCAAGAAAAGACAGCAGGAGAGAGGAAGUGAAGAGGAAUCAAAGAAAGAGACGAGUAUUGAUACAGACACCACAGAGAAGCUUUACAGCCCAGAAACAGAGAGCAAGAACUUGCAUAGGAGGAAAGAGACUGCAGCAUCAAAGCACCAAGAAAAGAACGAUGAAUCCUGCGCUGACUUGCUAAAUUCUAGCCCUGCCACUACAGAUCUUCAGCCUGAGCCCAGAGCUGAUAUGCAGCAGGAAUCUUCACGUCUUGUAUUUCUGUAUGAUGAGGAUUCUGAUAAAGAUGGCGACACGGAAGAUAUUUCGGAUAAGGAUCCAUCCAUAGGAAGUGACUUCUCCGAUAUUGAAGAUGUGGUAUCGUUGGCCAGGUUUUCACAGGAAGAGGAGGUUCCUCCUUCCAGUUCCACAGCAGAGGAGCCCUCUGAUGUUUCUUCUCGCUACGUCAUGUACCCACUGCACCUGUACAGAAGCCCGUGGAGAAAUUACAUAGAGAGGUCAGCCAGUAGCUCCACUUAUGUACCCAGAACUGAAGAGAACACAUGGCGCCAGGAUGAAUCCUACAGCAGCUUUUUUUCUGAACAUUCUGCAAACAUUUUGGAUAAUAUAGCCCUUAGUGUGUCCAGUGAUAGUGACAGUGCUGGUAGCAGGUGCCGUGAGAGAUCUGGCUCUUUUGAUACCUCAUUGAUUUAUGAGAACACAACUAAGAUGAUGAGAAGGACAUCAGAGCCCUGUCUCACAGACACCAUUAAACUUCCCAAGUUCCUCGAGGAUGGCUUCAUUGACACCCACUGUCACCUGGACAUGUUAUUUUCAAAACUCUCAUUCAGUGGCUCUUUUACAGAUCUUAGAAGGAAGUACACCACCACAUUCCCUAGGGAAUUUCAGGGCUGCAUUGCUGAUUUCUGUGACCCAGAUACAUUGCACAACCAGCAGUGGGAGCGUUUGCUUGAAGAAGAUAUGGUGUGGGGAGCAUUUGGUUGUCACCCGCACUUUGCCCAGUAUUACACUGACAAGAAGCAAGCAGAGAUUUUGAAGGCAAUGAGGCAUCCGAAGGCAGUUGCCUAUGGAGAAAUGGGUUUAGAUUAUUCACACAAAUGUUCCACUCAAGUAUCAGUGCAGCACGAGGUGUUUGAGAAGCAGCUGAAGUUGGCUGUUGCCAUGGGCAAGCCUCUUGUUAUUCACUGUCGGGAUGCGGAUGAAGAUCUUUUGAGAAUCAUGAAGAAAUGCGUUCCCCGAGACUAUAAGAUACAUCGGCACUGCUUUACUGGGAAUUACAAGGUAAUUGAACCCUUUCUGACUGAGUUCCCAAACAUGGCUGUUGGUUUCACUGCUGUUCUGACAUAUCCCUCUGCCCUGGAGGCACGACAAGCCAUGAAACAGAUCCCCCUGGAGAGGCUUAUUGUAGAAACUGAUGCUCCCUACUUUCUACCCAGACAGGUUCCCAAAAGCUUGUGUAAAUUCUCCCACCCAGGUUUGGCCAUGCACACAGUUCAGGAGAUUGCUAAAACCAAAAACCUGUCGGUGAAGUCCGUCCUGGCGACCCUGCUGCAGAACACCAACCGGCUGUAUAACUUAUAAUCGUGUGCGAGCCUGUGAGUCUGACCUUUUUACGGCAAUUAGAAGCCAUUGCUGCGUUGCCUUAUUUUACAAAUGUCUUAAUUUUUUUCCUGAACUUCAAAAAUCACACACAAAUAUAAAAACUAUCAUAAUCAAUGCCA